CCAUUUCCCUCCACUGCAGCUCUUUCACAGACUCAGCCUCUGUCAGAGCAACGCUUCAGCUGAAACAUGAGUGGACGAGUUGGAGACCUGAGCCCGAGACAGGCUGAAAUCUUAACAGAGUUUCGUGGGAGGAUCCAGGACAUCCUCCCCAACCUGCCUGCACAGCACGACCACUACCUCCUCCGCUGGCUCAGAGCCCGUAGCUUCAAUGUUGUGAAAGCUGAAGCCAUGAUCAGAAAGCAUGUGGUGUUCAGGAGGCAGAUGAAAGCAGACACCAUCAUCUCUGACUGGAAGCCUCCAGAGGUUAUUGAGAAGUAUGAGUCCGGAGGAAUGUGUGGUUACGACAGAGAGGGGAGCCCCAUCUGGUACGAUGUGAUUGGUCCUCUGGAUCCUAAAGGGCUGCUGCAGUCAGCCACCAAACAGGACAUCCUGAAGACCAAGAUCAGACACACGGAGAUGCUGCGACAGGAGUGUCAGAGGCAGUCGGAGAAGUUGGGGAGGAACAUUGAAGCCAUCACUCUGAUCCACGACUGUGAAGGCCUGGGACUGAAACACAUAUGGAAACCUGCUAUUGAGACCUAUGGAGAGAUUCUCACCAUGUUUGAGGAGAACUACCCAGAGGGGCUGAAGAGGGUGUUUCUUAUCAAAGCUCCUACACUGUUUCCCAUGGCCUACAACCUGAUCAAGCACUUCCUCUCUGAGGAAACACGACACAAGAUCGUCGUUUUAGGAAGUAACUGGCAAGAAGUUUUACGUAAACACAUUGACCCAAAGCAGCUUCCUGUGGUGUACGGGGGAACCCUGACUGAUCCCGACGGAGACCCCAGCUGCAGAACCAUGAUCAAGUACGGCGGUACAGUGCCCAGGUCGUACUAUGUUCAGGACUCAGUGAAGGUUCAGUAUGACAAUAGCGUGACCAUCAGCCGCGGCUCCAUCUUCCAGCUGGACUGUGAUGUCACUGCACCCAGCAGCGUCCUGAGGUGUCAGUUUGCCAGUGAUGGAGCAGAUAUCGGGUUCGGAGUCUACCGACGGACCAAAGACGGCGGCGGUCAGAAAGUAGCUGAGAUGCUGCAGGUGCUGCCCAGUGAACGCUACAAUGCCCAUCUGGUCCCUGAAGACAGCUGGCUCACCUGCCCUGAGCCUGGAGUCUACGUGCUGUGCUUUGAUAACAGCUACAGCUUCCUUCAGUCUAAGAAGGUGAGCUACAAAGUCGAGGUUCUUCCUCCUCCUCUGGACGGACAGAUGCAGAAUCCUUGCAGCAGGGGAGACGGGAGGCUGCAGUGAUCAAGCCUCGGGAUGGAUUAACCUUUUUCGGGUCACCUGGACAAAAAAAGACCGUUGGACUAGUAACCUCUCCAUUCCCUCCCUCUGUUCACUUAGUAUGUAUACAUUUGUAAUUAGUGAUUAAUGUUAACUUGAUUUAAGAGUUUCUGAACAGCAGAUCAGUGGGUGGAUUUCACUUGUAACCCCACACUUAUUUUGAAUACAUGGCGUUUGUAUUUUAACCAUGUUGGAAAAAGAAGAUGCUGCUCUCUUUGAGUCUUAGUGAAAUAGCAGUGAAAAUCUAUAACCGGUCAAAUGUUCAGUGGUGAAAACUGACUUCAACAAGCUCUGUCGAGUUAGUUUCAUAUCUAUUCGGGUUCUGAAUUAAUGAAAGCCAUUGUUUUCUAUCUCUGCAGUCUUUAAUUAUGCAGACGUGCACUUGUAAAAGAUGAAUAGACAUAAACCAGCGCUUUCCAGGAGAAAUGGACCUGGGGAAAUAACUUUUCUAUAACAUCCCCCACCCCCCGAUUAUACAAACCAGGCAUCUUCUUUACAGGAAGUCACUUAAAGGGACUAUAGGUACGAUUUUGCUGCCGCUAUAGCCAAUAUUAGCAUCAAUGAAUAGCUGUUUACUGACUGGUCAAUCACAGCAAUCUGAGCUCACCAUCAAACUAAAUCAAUAACUCACGUUUUAAUUUUGCUUCUAUGACUUCUGUGUGUCACAACGUUUUAUAACCUCUUGUCUUGUAAACACAACAAUACCUGGAGUUCUUGUCAAGUGACCGUCACCACCACAGUCUCCAAGAAGGCAACUGUAAACUGGUUGUUAGAGGGUAUGUGUGAACAGAGUGAGUGACGUCACGGUGCACUGACCACAGCGAGGUGAGAAAUCACAACACAGGAGAUUGGCCUUAACAAAAGGUUUCAGCUUUUUUUAUGUUGCCUUUUAAACACACACUCAUAUCAGGACAUGUAAAUAUAAGCUCAGCUGAAGUUUUUUACACAUUAGUAUUCGGUUUACCCUUUUAAAAACAAAUGCACUUCAAUCACAUCUUACAAUCCACUGACAUUUGUCUCUCAUAACGCUAACAACCACUGGGAUCACAAAAUGUAUCACUACUCUUUAAAGGAGCAUCCUGAGUAUGCAUAUAUCCAGAUGCCAUCAAAAUAAAAGAACCACACAUCCUAAAAGAAUAUUGAUUUUCUACCUUGCAUCAUAGGGUGAGUCAUAGAUUUUGCCCUUUGCUUCAGGCUUUGAUUUUUUUUUUUUAUUAUUCCAGCAAUGCAAUAGAAAACAAAUGUUUUUUACAGGUAAAUAUACAGAAUGUUGCAGAUGUCCGUCUAAUUUACUUUUUAAUUUACAGUCUAAUUCUGUGUUGUUUAAUUUGAAACACUUGUCUGAAAUGGACAAAUGAAGUGUAAAUACAUCAUCAUCUUUGAGAGCUGUUGUGUUGCCUGUGUAGAGUGAACAUUUUGAAAAAAGUGAGGACAGUACUGAGAAAUGUGUGCUGUAAAACAACCUAUGAUCAUGUUAUCACAAAGCGGUUUGUUUAUUUGCUUUGAAGGGAUCAAGAUUCAAAGAUUUUGAAAGACCUUGAUUCCUCCAGCAUUCCAACCCAGAAAGUGUUUAUUAAAGAAGGAUGAAUACUGUGUUGUUCCAGACACUC